AUGCCGGAUGAUCUGUAUCAGGCUCAAGCUCUUGCAGCCAUUUUCCAAGGAUUUAAAUGGCCUGAACUUAUUGCGAAGAAAACGAGGGUAUUCUUAGCGCACAUGAACUUGUCACUUGGUUCUCGACUAUUUCUUCAUGCCAAGAAUGCAGGAAUGAUGAGUGAAGAGUAUGCAUGGAUUAUCACCGAGUAUUUUUCUAACUUCUUGAGUUCCAUGGAUUUUUUUGUCCGUGAUUCCAUGGAAGGUGUUUUGGGUAUAAGGCCCUAUGUACAGAGAUCAGAAAAGCUCAACAGUUUCCAAAAAAGUUGGAAAAUGAAUAUGGGUUCAACUGGGGAGGUAAAUGUCUAUAGUUUGUGGGUGUACGACGCAGUAUGCUCCUUAGCAAUGGCAGCUGAGAAGAUUGGGCCUGUAAAUUCUAGCUCAUUAUAUAUGAACACCAGCAAAAAUGGAACAGGCAAUACCGAUUUGAAAGUCUCAGCAUAUAGACCAAGACUUCUCAGCGAAUUAUCAGGUGCAAAAUUAAGAGGCAUGAUAGGAGACUUUCAAUUCAUUAAUGGACAAUUGAAACCUUUAGUAUUUGAGAUAUUCAAUGUAAUUGGAAGUGGAGAGAGAACUUUGGGGUUUUGGAUACCAGAAAAAGGAAUAUCCAGAGAAUUAAUUUCAACUGGCAAACCGACAAACUCAGCAUCCACAAAAAAUCUAAAAAAUGCCAUUUGGCCUGGAGAUUGCGUCACGCAACCAAAGGGUUGGGCUAUUCCUGCAACAGGGAAACUGAGAGUUGGUGUUCCUAUGAUACGUGGAUUCAAACAAUUCGUAGAUGUAACAAUAUAUCGGGCAACACAUCGUACAAAUGCAACUGGUUUUUCAAUUGAUAUCUUUUUGGCUACAUUACAGUUGCUACCUUUCGACUAUAAAAUACGAAUUCUAUUAUUAACGUUUGACGUUGUGGUGGGAGAUAUAACAAUUUGGGCUCCUCGAGCAAAUUAUGUUGAUUUUUCGCUGCCAUAUUCUGAACCAGGAGUCACUCUAGUAGUCAAAAAUAAGAAGCCGUUUGACAUGUGGAUUUUCAUUAAGCCGCUUCACUGGGAUCUUUGGAUAGCAAUCAUCAUCGCCUGCAUUUUGAUGGGAAUAGUUCUUCGAAUAUUGGAACAUAGAGUGCCAAACACUGAUGAAGAUUCGAUUAGACCACACAGGGAGAGACUUAAAAUGACCUACUGGUCUCCAAUAGCAGUCCUUGCAUUUCCUGAAAGUAUUGAUGUUUUGGCUGUUCAUGGCAUUCAUCCUUAUGCAGAGCUACACGCCUACACAGCUAAUUUAUCGGCUAUUUUGACAGUAGAUCAAUUAAAAUUUGCUUUUUCUGACGAGUACUAUGUGGGAUAUCAGGAGGGUUCCUUCAUGAGAGAAUUUUUGAAAGUGCGACUAAACAUUAAUGAGUCGAGGCUCAGGAGCUACUCAUCAGUUGAAGAGUACCAUGACACGAUGUCUAAAGGAAGCAAAAGGGGAGGCAUGGAUGCCAUAUUUGAUGAGAUUCCUUACAUGAAGAUUUUUCUUAAUAAAUACGAUUCUCAGUAUAAAAUGGUUGGACCAAGGUACAGGACCGAUGGAUUUGGCUUCGCAUUUCCCCUUGGCUCUCCCUUAACUGCAUAUUUCUCAAGAGCAAUCGUUGCUGUUACUCAAGGUCCGAACAUGACAUUUAUUGAGCAAACACAUUUUGGACCUGGUUACUCUUCUCAAGAUCCACUUUCCUCGACAAUCUCACAACAAACCUCCAGUCUUUCUUUUCGUGACUUUGGCGGCCUCUUCAUUAUUGUAGGAUUGGUUACUAUGUUUGCUCUAAUCUGCUCGGAGACAUCACUUGGACGAAAAGUUACUGCUCAGUUCAGCCAAAUGUGCUUCCGUUUUAUGCCUUCAGAAUUCCCUUUGACACGGAAUGAUAGGAAAGAAGUGCAUGAAUCUGUCCCUGAGACCGGUGCUCUUUAUAUUGAAGAGGCCCCCAGUCUAAGUGAAGAAGAAAUCUGUGAACCUGGCCAGAACAAUGAAACCGCUACUGCAGAAGAUCAAGAAGGUAAUAUUGACAACCAUCAAGAGGGAAUUUCUUAGAACAGAAAAUGCAACUACAGUAUUCGAUUCCUAAGCCUUAGACAGUGGUGUUCUUAGGAAUAUUAGCAUCGUCUUGGUAAGGACAUACUAUGAUAUCGUUGAUGGAGUACCCAUACACAAAUAUUAUUAAAUAAAAUGGUGUUUUUUUUUUUUUU